CAAGAUGGCCGCCAUAUGUGUAUUGAGUUGGGUUAAUUUUGUGUAAAAUUGCAUUUCUGUGUUCUUGUACUACCAUUUUUUGUGCUUGCGUCUUGGUGUAUCUUCAUAAUAAUCAUCGUUUAUUUUAAUAUAUUAUAUUGUAGCUAGACUCUACUUGUUUCAUUAUUAUAAUCUUGAUUGAAAAUAGGCCGUGCCACUGUCUUUAUUUUGCAUGUGUCAUUUCCAAACUGAAAUUCUGGUUUGAAGAACAGUGUGACAAAUUGUUGUUAAGGCAACGGGCACAAAAUAAAAAUGGAUUCGUCUUCUGCUUGUUCUGUUAGUGAGAGUGACACCUGUUUUAGUCAGUGCAAUGCAGGAACGUACAGUUUUAAUUCAUCCUAUGACAUCCAUACCACAGCUGAAGCCAGUGAAAUUCUUAGUAGAGUGUAUCGUCCACACGGAACACUUGCUCGAACACUAUACUACAAAUAUCUUGCAGAUGAACGGCUACAAAGAUAUGAUAGAAAAAAGUGGUACCAGUGUGACACCGACAGUGUUCCAGAUUGUAUCCGGGCUCGAUUCCUGCAUCUGGGAGUUGAUAAAGAAACGGAAUUGUUUCUGGACCAAUCCUCCCACAAAUCAGGCUGGAUCUUUACCCAGCUGUGGCACUCGGUUGCGAAAGCCUUUCUCGGCUGGUUCAUGACUCAGACAUCGAUAAAUGGACUGCUGGGACGAGGUUCCAUGUUCGUGUUCUCGCUGGAUCAGUUCCGUCGACUGCUAGGAGUAGCAGAGGACUGGUGUGGUGGCGCCUUGCUGGACCUAGGUGCAGGCGACGGCAAGACCACAGAGGUGAUGGCGUCGCUCUUCAGCAAUGUUUACGUCACAGAAAUCUCGGGACCCAUGCGAUGGAUUCUUGCCAAGAGAGGUUUCCAACUGUUAGACGUGGAGACAUGGACUGGAGCAGGGAUAAAAUUUGACGUGAUAACGUGCCUGAACCUCUUGGACCGAUGUGAUAGACCAUUAUCACUCCUCCAUGAACUUAAAGCUUCUCUCAGUCCAGGUGGUAGGGUUGUUGUAGCCCUUGUGCUUCCAUUCAGCCCCUAUGUUGAAAUUGGUCGCCUGGAUCAUCGACCAACAGAAUGGCUACCGAUUCAAGGUUCAAAUUUUGAGGAGCAGGCUAGUAGUGCAAUCAGUGUUUUUGAAGCGUCUGGUUUCUUUGUGGAGCGCUGGUCUCGGGUGCCGUACCUUUGCGAGGGCGACCUCAAUCAGGCUUUCUAUUGGUUAGACGAUGCUGUGUUCGUGUUGUCAGCCUCAGGAGGUCAGAGAGACGUCAGCUGAUAAUUCAAGAACUGUCAAAUUCCUGAUGCCCACAAGUGCAAAGGAUUGUCACACGAACCUGUGUUUAUCUUCAUUUUUCCAGCUGCUGACCGCAAUAUGUGGUGGUGGUAGGAAGGACCUGAGAGACUGAACUAGCUGAAUCGUGUCCACAAGAGCUGUAUGAACAGGACAGUAAAUAUCCUUCAGUUACAACCAAGAACUUCCUUAUCUAUCCUCAGAUUUUUAAAAGUAAUUAAGAAGUAAGGUAAGACCAAAGCUGUGAAUUAAGUUGUAUUACACUAGUCCCAAACAUGCUGCAAACUUUUUGCAGUUGUGACUUGUCUUUUGCAUUAUUUACAUUAUGCUAUCCAUCUCUUGGGGAUAUUCAUAUAUGAAAUGCUAAUUUAUUUUAAAAAAUGACCCAAUUUGCUGCUUUUGAUUACUGUUCCUAAAACAAGCCAUAAAACAGUCAUUUUAUAUGGUAUUCUGCAACUAGAUGAUACUGCAAAAUUGUACCCCAAAAACUGUAUCUGAAGCAAAACAAUAAUUUGAUUUGUGGUUUAAAUUCCAUACAUCAGGCCCAAGGUAAAACACAUAAUAGACUGGAAGUCAAAUCACUGAAUAUGUUUUAAUGAGCAUAAUAUGUUUUGAAAGGAUAUGGGAGGGUUCUGUGUUUUAACAUGACCAGGAAAAAUAGCAGCUAUUUUUAUUUAUACCCUUGUACAGUAAAUAAAUAUAAGUUCUCUAGUUUGUAAGUUCAACCUUUUGAGAGUUUGAUGGGUAUGAAUAUGUGUCAAAAAUUAUGUGUUGAGAUUUCACAGACUAGAAAUAGCUCUAUUAAAAUCUCUGUCUCAAGUUCUUCUUCUUCUUAUUCAUGACUUCUCCAUGGAAGGGACCACAAAUGAGAAAACAGAAUGCAUUCUGCUGUCAAAACUUUAAUUAUACUCUGCAAAAGAGCACAUGUAGAUGGAGACAGGACAAAGCUCAUAUGCACAUUUUUGUAACUAGUUACAAACAUGCUAUUAACUGUUUAACUAAAAUCUAUGUCCACAACCUAGCAAGAUUUCCAAUAAUUUCAGCAACAUGCAAUUUUAUUGAGGGUCUGUAGUACAAGUACUGAUUCAGACACAAUAUCUCCCCCUGUAUAUACAAGAAAACUGCACAAAUAACCUGUUUUUGUUUUCAAACAAAGGAAAAUAUUACAUUCCAUUAUAUAAAAUGAACUUUUAAUUCAUAUCUGAUGAAAGAUUGAGGCUUCCUCUUUCAGGAGGUACCAUCAAAAUUUCAAUUGUUAUAUCAGUCUUAACAUGAGAGAAGGAUGUUACCUCUAGGUCUAUUAAUGUGGUCUGAGGUCCAUACUAAGGAUGGAGACCAACCAUGCAAAGGAUACUACUUUCAGCAACCAUUCUAAAGGCAUGGUACGUACGAUGAUUUCUCUGACAAACAAUUUAUGCGUAAGUGAAUUCUUAUUCAAUAUUUUCAGUACAUUCCUUCCAAAAAGAAAUUGGCUCUGGCUCCCAUUACCUUUCGUAUGAAACUAUGAGACUUUAAAUAAAAGUUAUAUUAAUUUGUACAGGCUCUUCUUUUAUGAUUUUAUAUUUUUAUAUUAGUGAUUUGUAAAAAUUUAUGACGUGUACAUGAUAAGAAUUAUUCAGCUAAUUUAAUUGUAUCCUUAAGAGAGGGUUAGUGUAGAAUCAAGUGCAAGAUUUGAAGAAAUUGAUAUGUGCACUAUUUAAAUGGGGCAUAAGAAUAAUCAUUACCCAGCUUCAUAUAAAUUCUACUAUAAGGAACAUUCUUAAGUCUUUAAAGCCCACUGGUAACUGUAUGUCCUACCUGCUUCAACAGUCAUGAACUCUUCAUUUUGUAUUUAUGGGUUUCAUAUGAUUCCCAGUGUAAAGAGGUAUUAUAUCCUUAAUCUCCAUCAACAAACUGGUUCUUGUAAUGAGAAGUGAUGUUUACUCUUAGAGGUACAUUCUGAAUUCUUAAAUAUUGUUUAGACGAGCUUCAGAUUCAAAGGGUACAGAAACCUCAGUAUUUAAAAUGCUUGUUAAAUCCUCUUUCUUUAAGGCUUAAGUAUAAGCAUAUGGAAAAUUAUAGUUAUUAUGUAUAACUAUUAAGAUUACCCAGAACAACCAGGUGACAUAUACAGGCAGCCAGACAAAGUUACACAGACUGUGAAGGCUCUUUGUACAAACAGUAAGGGUCUUCUGAAUGUCAGUUGUAUACCAGAAAUAUAAUAUUUUCCUUAUGUGAUAAACUAUAUAUGUAACACACUUUCUGCACGUGCAUAGGAAACAAAAUGUCUGUAGCUUAAUGUGUAUAACCUGUAAGCUGAUUACUUUAAAGACUGGUCGCAUUACUGAGUAAAGUUUCUUGUAAUGCUGUGACUGAAGAUAUGUCAGAAAUUCAGUGUGAUGUGACGUGGUGUUAUUGGAAUAAUUUCCACACUGAAAUAAUUCAGUACCCAUAUUGUUUUUCUAAAAUGUUCUCCCAUUUAGACUACAUACAAAGCAAUACUCCAUAGCUUCUCUUACUACAGAGUUUAGUAUUACUCCAUUAUUUUUAAAGCUUAUUAAUAUUUGUAGUUCUGUACUAUAAAAGGACCUACCAAUCUUAUACCCUGUCAUAUAUCUAUCUUUUAACACUGCAGAUUUCUCAAAAUGACUGUGAGCUUACUCUAGCCACAUUGUUUUGAAAUUAAAUACAUUAUUAAUUCUACUGUAUAUAUAAUUAACUACUUAUUUAACCACUGAUCUAACUUACUUUCUGCUAAGAGAACCUGAAAAUUCAGUAUGACCCAGUUCUCAACCAUUUACAUCUAGAACACUUUCUGAAAGAUUUUCAUCAAAAUUAUGUAUAGAUUUCUUGUUUUCCUUAUCUAAGUUAUACUCAUAUGUCUGAACUACCUAAUAAUUCUGAAACUUCACAUAACCAUUUCUAACUUGAGCUACAUAUUGGUUUAUUUGGGUCAGUUAAUCUUACUAAGUUAAUUCAAUUUAUAAUUAGUUAUGGAAUGACCCACUACAUGUUCAAUUACAUCACCUCCAAUAAAAAUAAUCUAAACAGGGCAUAUAGUAUAAGUGAAUUCUGAAACACACAAGGCGUGAUUUGUAUCUGUAGUAAAUCAGCAAAUAAGGUAUGUAAAAUCACAAUUGCAAAUUGUAAAAUAUGUGUACUACAUCGGAGUAAACAAUUUCACAUGUUUCAA